CAACCGCCAAUAAAAUGUAAAGAAGAAGAAGAAGAAGCAGUCACAUGACCACGUGGAUGUGGUUUAUGGAUCCUGUCAAAGGCCCAAACAAAUAUCUUUUACUCAUCGGAUACAUUUUCACGUUAAGUUCACACUCAGUGAGAUUAACUGUCGCGAUUCAUAGCUUGGAAACAUCAUGUCGUGGGUGAAAUCAGUGGCGGCUAGUGAGGAUGUGUUCGACGAGGAUGUGGAUGAUAAUAGUCUCCAGAACAAAGAAUGGAAAUACAACAUGGAAAAACGCGCAAAGGAUGGUUUCAGAGAUGGCAGUGAUGCAGAGAAAGAAGCGUCUCUACAGGCUGGUUUUAACAUGGGAUACACGGAAGGAGCCACUAAAAUGACAGUCAUCGGUCAGCUUAAAGGAAUCAUGAGUGCUGUUUGAUGCUGGUGUCAGAUUCAGCUGACUGGAAGCCCUGCUUUAGCAUCAGUUACUGAUGUGCUUCAGAGAUUGGAGACGCAUGAGGACGGACUGGUGGAGGACAUGAGGAAAGCCCAGCAGAGGCCUCCACCUAGUGUGACUGAGAUGGUGGAUGACAUGGAGGACCUAAAUGUCGAGCAAAGGAACCAAGGUGGAGAAUCUAGGUGCUCAAAUAAUGGGGACUGUUGUGGGAGAGGUAGAGCGAAUAAUGACUGCUGUGGAAACGUUGGAGGCGUGAGUGAAGAUUCACCAAGAACUCUUUGCCAGCAUUCUUUGUCUACAGGAGAGAGUCUGAAACGGCUGCUAAAGUGCUGCUUGGACUUAUUAACAGAACUGGGGAUUCCUGAAGAAUUAAAACUUCACAUUCAGCAGCUCAUAGACACUUGAAGUGGAUCCACUGCAGCAGAGUAUCUGAAUAACAUCCUGUGUGGGCAGGAAAUAACAAGCAAAUUCCCGGAAAGAAAAUAGCCUGUGCAUUAUUUGACUCAAAUUGAUUUGUGUAUUUAAGGGGAUUUUAUUUUUCAUUGCUGUGAUUCUAUUGAACUGCAGUUUUGCUGGAUUGUACUACAACAGUUUUAUAUUAUAAAUGAUCUGAUGUAAAGUUUAAAAACAAAAAUCAAUUCUUUCCAGUCAACCUC